GACGCGCAGCCUAUCAGCGUCCAGAACACCCGGGCGCUUCCGUGUUCGCCAGUGCACCCGACCCGAGUCCUCGCGGGAGGGGGCCCCACCGUCACCCACGUCCAUCCCACCCGGCUCGGCCGACCUGCGGUUCCCGGCCCGCCGCCUCUCGGGGGACCUUAUGGCUUCGGACGGCCUGAGAGGGGCGCUGACGGCCGUGCUGGGGGGCCGGGGGCUGCUCGUGCAGAACUAUGAUUCGGGGCCGGCUGGGGAGCCGCCGGCGCCGGUGCGGCUGCGGAAGAAUGUCUGCUACGUGGUGCUGGCGGUGUUCCUCAACGAGCAGGAUGAGGUGCUACUGGUCCAGGAGGCCAAGAAGGAGUGCCGUGGGUCGUGGUACCUUCCUGCGGGGCGGAUGGAGCCUGGGGAGACCAUUGUGGAGGCGCUACAGCGGGAGGUGAAGGAGGAGGCCGGGCUGCAGUGUGAGCCUCUGACAUUGCUGUCUGUGGAGGAACGGGGCCCCUCCUGGAUCCGCUUUGUGUUCCUCACCUGCCCCACAGGUGGAAUUCUCAAGACUCCCAAGGAAGCAGAUGCAGAGUCCCUACAGGCUGGCUGGUACCCACGAACCUCACUGCCUACCCCACUGCGGGCCCAGGACAUUCUUCAUCUGGUCGAUCUUGCUGCCCAGUAUCGCCAGCAAGCCAGGCACCCUCUCCUCCUUCCCCAAGAGCUUCCCUGCAGUCUAGUCUGCCAGCGGCUCGUGGCCAUCUUCACCAGCGCCCAGACAGUGUGGGUGUUGGCGGGCACAGUGGGGACGCCUCACUUGCCCGUCACUGCCUGUGGCUUCGCUCCCAUGGAGCAGAGGGGCGGCAUCAAGAUGGCCGUCUUGCGGCUGCUGCAGGAGUGUCUGACCCUGCACCACUUGGCGGUAGAGACCAAGGGGUUGCUUGGACUGCAACACCUGGGCAAAGACCUAAUGGAUGGCAUCUGCAUGAACGUGCUGGUCACUGUGGCUUUUCGGAAUCCGGGCCUUCAAAACGAGCCCCCAAAGGUUCGGGGUGAGAACUUCUUUUGGUGGAAGGUGGUGGAGGAAGACCUGCAAAACCAGCUUUUACAGCGGCUUCGGGACUCGUCUGUCGUCCCAAUCAACAGAUAGGAGGUGGCUGUCAGUGGGCCGGAGCGGGGCAGGGGUGUGGCCGUCAGAGAUCUUCUUGCAUGGGGACCUGGGCAGUUCUCCUGGUUCCCAGGGGGACUGCGCCCUCUCUUGUCACCAGGUCCGUGCACAGCACCCAAAGGGACAAUGCCUUGAACUGAACAAGGAGUCCAGAGCUCGGGGACCCAGUUGCCCUGAAGUUACGAUGAGGGCAGGACUCCCUAAGGGGACGUGAGGACCUUUGGAACCUGAGGUGGCAUCUCCUCCUCAUUUUCUGUGCCCUUGCCAGAUGCUAGGCACUUAGAACAGGGAACAGCUGUGGGGGACGUCAUUCCAAGGGAGUGGAGUCCCUGGCUGAGUAAAUAGGUGUGACUUUGCAUUCCCGACUUUGCAUUCCCACCUAAGUGUUUCUGUGGGUCGGACUUGAGCUGGAAGGGGAGCUGCUACCAAGAGAAGCUCCUCCACUCAUCCCACGGAAACCACGCAGGCCUUCCCAGACAGCAGGUGACCGGCUGGCAGGCUUCCUUUGUCCACCACAGCUUGGCUCAGGCCUCCUCAGGGUGGGAUGUGGGCACACCCCCUCCAAGGUCUGAGCAGCGAGACUCCCAGAAGCUUCAGGUGGGCGAGGAGCUGUGAGAGCUGCCCCUCUCUUUUCUCUGAGCUUCUCUGAGGGAUCAGCAUCGCUCCGCCCCCAGGCUCAUUCCUUCCUCUGCCCUGGUACAACUCCAGCCCAAAGCCAGACCAAAACCCUCUCUUCAUUCCCCUUAGCUCAGCUGAAUCAUGGUAGGAAUUAUUUUUUUAAAAAAGAACUUUACUGAAGUUUAAGGGAAAACCAAAGGAAAUGAAGAAAUAUGUACUGACUGCUAUACACGCAUCACUGAUGUACAGUUUUGGUUCUGAGCAGGGAAGAUACUUGGCUGGGUUUCCCUUCUGAUGUAACUCCACUCUGAUGCCCGAGGACCAGGAAAACCUAGAGGCCCCUGCCCUGCCUCUCUGGGCCACAAUCUUGUUUUCCUGACCUCUGGAGCUGUGCUAGGAAUCCUCUUGUUCCCUCUGAAGACUAUCUUCCAGAUAAAGGAGUCAAACCCUUUUAUUUUGGAUCCCUUCUCUUAGUGUCUGAGGGACCCACUGCUCUGUAAGCACACUGGACAGUGACCUUUACUUCCAUUAUUUAGCCUAUUAUUAAUAGUAGGUUUCAACCCUUCCCUGGUGCCUCAGACAGUAAAGAAUCCACCAGCAAUGCA